CGGCUCGUUCAGAAAGUAAAUUAUUUUUUUUAGAAAAUCUUACAUACUCCACCAGCAAUCACGCGAUGCUUCGGAUCAUCGUCCUAAUCGAUCUGGAUUCGAGAUUAUCGUGUACGAAAGAAAGUCUAGUUCUUAGUAGUUAGUUGACAAGUGAACCAAAUCAUUGCCUGCAGUUAUCCCUAACUUGGUAGGUGGUUCAUCUGUUUUUGAGCAAGUGAUUCUUGUUAUGUUGAACUUAUUGUGAGUGAUAGUCUAUUUUUGUCUGUUUGUUUUAGUUUUGUCUCCUCCUGCAUGAUAGCGGUCAGGAGCAUGAUAGAAAUCCGUUGAAUCUAUCGACCCUCUUGUGUGUCGUGGGAGGGAAUAAUCAAGUGAAUUCUUCCUCAAGCAACGAUUGCACACACACGGCAUCCCUCCCUGUGCUAGUGUUGACACGAGGCAACGCCUUCGACCACUAAGGCGGGACAGUUUCGCCUCUCGAGCCAGACUAAGUGCCGCGCGCGGGAGCAGACUAGUACAGCAAAGAACAUCAGAAGUAGGACUUCACGCAUAUCGUUUGUGGGACAAGAUAAGACUCGAAAUACGACUGAAAAGUAUUGGUAUUUUUCGUUUUCUUCUAGAAACGAAUUUUAGUUGGCAGUAGUUUUGAUUCUUCUUCGACGCCACAUCGAGUAUAGUACAAGUGGAAGUUGAAACCAGUGUCCUUCAUAUCCUGAAGAGGCCUGCCGAGCUAACACGUCAACGACUACGACGAGGUUACGAGCACGAAUCCGUUGACGCACACACACUAGUUAUUAUAGUAGUGUACUAGUUUCUUCUCUUGGUGUUGGUAGUGGUACACCUUCAAGUUCAAUCGGGAAUCGGAAUCUUCAUCACAAGAUGUUGCCGCCUUUCCUCGACGUGGAAGAGAAGGCGACGCAUCGCUAUGUGAUGCUUAACUACCUGCGAAAUGACCGACGACCGUUGCUAGAUGAGCAAGGCGGGCUAGCGUACUACUUUUUUCAGGGUUUAUUUUUCUUGCCCGCUGCACAGAAUGAAAAAUAUGAACUACAACGAUCGAUCAACAAUCGAAUACAGAGACUUCGCAUAAUAUGCUCAAAUUAUUUCAACCCCAACAUGCAAUUACGAACUCCAUUCUCAAUACAGGUAUUGGAGCGAACCACGAAAUGAUGGGGACCCCAAUUUCGCACAGAGCGAAGCGGAAUCGCAGUAUCAUCCAGCACGCUUUAAAACACAGCUUUGCGAUAGCAAGAAGUGCAAGUUUGCUAAUGUUCCACAUCUGUGCCCUUUUGCACACGGCGAAGUGGACUUGAGGAAAGAGGAAUUAGCUGGGUCGUACACCUACGAAAACUGUAGCACCAGUUGUACGGUGGAUGCUACUGAUGGUAGGGACACGACGGAGACGACCAAAGCAACCUGUUCGCCAAGUUUUUCUGGUCUUGUCUUUCGAUUCCCUCUCCACGACAGUGAGCCAGUAGAAGAUGUAGUGGAGAAAGAGCGACAGACUAGUACUAUCGCCGGUCCGCCAGCAUCAACAGGAAUUAUGCAGCCUCUACUAUGGACCACAAGAUCGGAUGGUCAACUCGCAACCGUGCCAUUUCCACAACAUCACGAUUCUUCUAGUCUUUGUUCGCGCCCAUUCAGCAUGGGGAUGGGUCAUUUCUUGCAACAUCGAGAACAAGUGCCGAACGCGGCCUGUUCAAGUAUCGAUGCAAAGAUGACAGUUUCCGAUUCGGCAUCUGCCAAGUUGGGGAAGUUAUGGACAUGAUUAAACUGUGGCUGUGCUUACUCUUUCGGAAAAAUGAAGACACACACUUGUAGUUGUACAUCUUACUAAGUACUAGGUUGUGAUUCUAGAUCUAGUACCGAAGCCGAUUCUAAUCACAGACUCUACCAGCAAAGUCGAAGCGGAUCAUGCAAGCACGACUACAGCUAGCAGUACACAGCCGAAAGUGGCGAAAAAGAGCAGGAAAAGGCGUGCAACUGAGAAAAAGACCAAGCUAGCGGAAGCCGGACAAGGGACUACACCAGCUCAUGCUUCGGACCUGCACAGUGUGUCGAAAGCCAGGUUGGAGUCGACCGUGACAAAGGCGAAAGAGGCAAACAAACUGAAGCAGGAUGCAGGGGCACCAUCGAACAUCAAUGCUCAAUCACAGGGACAAUCAAAGCAACAGAAUAAAGUUGUUGUCGUCGCAUCUAAGACGAAAAACAUGAUAUCUUCAACAUCUUCUGGCUCUGCUGCCACGAUAGGGAAAGCAAACCACACCAGUAGUUCCAGUUCAUCGACGUCGACUAGUUUUUCUGGUUCAACUUCGUCUUAUGUGAGGUAUCAAAACAAUGCUCAUCAGCAGGAUGGCAGAGCAGUUGGGGCCGACAGGAAUCAGAGGCCAUUCAUGUCAAAGGAGUAUAGUUACAGCAGAUAUGCGCAGAAUCCGUAUAGCCACAGCAAUAAUAGAGGACCAUCGUCAUUGCAGCAAACGAAUACGACUUUGGCGAUGUUCCUGCCUGCGGCGCUAGCGUCUUCAGCGACUAGUAGCGGUAAGGCGGCUGAAGGGCCCACGUCAGAAGGAGCGGUUGUACCUGGACAGUCUGCAACAGCGACGAGCACCUCUGUUUCCAGUCGCCAGCAAGGUGUAGGCUCCUAUGAAGGUCGUGGGGCAGCAGCCGCGAGGAACAGUAGUUGUGCGGCAGGCCGCGAGAAGUCGCGGUCUUACCAGGGAGAAGGAAAGAGAACGCAUAGAAGUUGUAGUUAUGAUAACAAAACUGCUACAUCCUCGAACAGCGCCAGGGUGAAUGAUAGAAGAGGCAACUUCUUCAAUGGAAGGUGUACGAGUCGUGAAGCGGGUGAUAAUCGACCUCAAGUGCUGCAAGGGCGCUCAAAAUCAGUAAAGGAGAAAAACGCACAUUCUAGUACAUCAACAGCAUCUGGCGUUAUAGAAGUCCGUUCUGCGUCUUCAUCGAGAGGACCUAGGAAACAAGGCACAUCAAGAAGUAAAAGCUUUGCAGACUAUGUUCAUCCUGGAGAUAUAAUCGACAACGAGAUGAAUUCUGAAGACACUGCGUCAGGUUCCAUGACGAAAAGGCAGUCCAGCAGCAGUAGAUCGGCUUCUUGUACUUCUAGUUCGACAUCAUUCAUAGCGAACGAAGGAGACCGGGGGCAAAAGGAGAUGAAUCACAGGAAAGAAAUAGGACAUCUUCUCUCUCGAGGGUGGACGAACGGCGGGUGGGGUACUAGAUAUCAGCAACAUUGCCAGAGAGGAAACGAAGGAAGAUACAAUAAUAAUACCCCUUCUAGGAGAAAUAGUCGAUAUAUGAACCAACACCAUGAUCAGGAUGGAAAUGCUGAUCAUGGAGAUCAUUCUUACCGAGGCGAGGAUCAAGAAUUCUCUUGUAUGGGCCCACCGUGGUGGCAGGCUGAUAGAGAACGUGCUUUUUUUUCAGGAGGGGAAGAUAAUGUCACUUCUUCGAUGCACGCUCAAAUCGAUAGUGGUGGAUCAUCUUCUUCUGGCCGACAAGCACAAGGGGGUCAAAGAACGCGCAAUAACGAUUAUCAUCACCAGAGAGGAAGAGGCAGGCAUGGACGACAUAAGGAUCACUACCACAACAACAGGAACAGAUCGUUUUUGAAGUACAACAGUGACAACAACAGCGUCUACGCAGCUGGGGGUGCGGGUGGGGACUACAUUGUGAAUAAUGCUGAUCAUCUGCAAAGAAUAGACGAAGAUCGAUCCCUUCUAGUCGAUGCACACGAUCCUGCAGAGUACAUCAAUCCAGAAAACCUCCAGAACGGGGGCAAUGACGACGUUGCAGCUCCUGGUGCAGCAGCUGACAAUCACCUCUUAGAGAGGACCUCUACCAACGGGAGUGCACCCCUAGAGGACUUUGAGUUGUUCGACCCCUAUGGAAACCGGUUGGCAUCUGACACGCUUUUUCAGCUUCCGGAUGGACGGAUGGGCGCCUAUUGUCAUGCCGAUGGCUUUUGCUAUUCCAUAGAGGAUGUGAUCGAACAUAGUCGAAUUAUCUGCUGCGGUGGGAAUGGAUGUGCUGUUAUGAUUGCUGGUAGUUGUACUCUAGGAUUGGGCCGCUUCUUAGGUGAUCGAGUGAGGAUCAUGACAUGAAGCGGACACAUGUUGACAAGUUGUACUCUAGUCCUAGUCCAAAUCGCUGGUUUUUUUAUCAGUUAUGAGUAGAAGAGAAUUUAUAGCUGCGUCUGGAUCUUUCUACUGGUCUUUUAAUCGUUUCUCUCUCGAGGUUAAGGUCGCAGUUGUAUCUAUGAAAUCACAACCGAGUUUCUCCUUUCAUCCCAGCCGGUAACUCCUCGGACUGCGUAAAUAACUACAACGGCUCAUGGGGGUGGAACGGUCAAGGCCAGCAGACGCGGAACGAUUGGUGUGGAGCUAUGGGGGACGCCAACCGUAAUUCUUCUAGAAGAGGGGGGUGGCGACAUCAUGGUGGCGGAAGUAGGCAGAACAACAGAUAUUCAUCUCCUAGCAAUGGCGGUGAUGUGGCGCACGGUUCGCAAUUCAACCUCAAUUACAAUAACGACUACAACAAAAACAAUUCUUCUUCUUGUCUAACAGGAUGCUUUGAUCUCUCCUCAACUGGUUCGAUGAUGAGCACGCACGACAACGUCCACUUCUGUGCUAGUCCGAUGAUGCAGAUGCCGUCAGCGCAAUCUAACAGUAGUCUAGUACAACAGGGUACAAGUAGCUUGGUAGUGCAAGAUAAUGGAGACGUAAAUCAACAACCACUGCAAGUCUCUUCUACAUCAGGAGAAACUCUGCAACCCCUUUGCACUUCUGGGAAUGCUGAGAAUGUCCUCGUCGGAGAUAGUAGCGCCAACUCUCAUCCUAGUUCUAGCUGUGCCCCCGAGAAUGGUUCAUCUGCAGAUGGUGAUAUGACCCCGCCCCCACCACCGCCGCCAAUAGACCUAUUGCCAGGAGGAGCGACGGAGAUGACCUUCUGGCCGGCAUCGUCGAAUGGUUCAUCUGUUCCUUUCUCUGCAAACUGCAAUGAUAUGAUGGGAGCUCCUCCUGGACGGAUCCUUCCUCGUAGCUGUCCUUUCCCAGCGACGCAGAUGCAGCAGCAGACAACUAGUUCGAGCUCAUUCUUCUGCCCAACACAAAUGAACCCUCAAGACAUGCUGACAAUGCCGUCUAUGUGCAACAUUGGAUCACAACAAGGAGGACAGUCGCAGUUGAUAGACGGACAGAGUCUGUUGAGCCAGCUACAGCAGCCACAACUGGCCACUAGUGGAGAGGCUGGAGGCCAGUUUCCAUUCCCGCAGCAAGAUUCUACUUCGCAAUUUGGUACUACAGGAGCGUCCAUAUUGCGUGUCCAUUCCGUUGUAAGCGUAGGCUUCCAGGGUAUGUCUAGUACCGCAUGUUGUACGAAGUCACGCUCCAGAGUUAAGGACACAAAUAGAGAAAAACUUAGGCUUUCACUUUUUUCAUUAGGUUGCUCAGGACGAAAGUAACCACCAACUCUAAAAACAUAACGGGGACCUGUUCUUUUGACGGGAGCUCAUCUUUGUGUGGAGGAUUCAGAAGCGGUAGCGGCAGAUCGAGCAAGCGCAGCGCGAGCAGCGGUCGCAGAGUCCUCUCACAUGGUGAUAAGACAAGAACGUCUGCGGCCUGUGUCUCAAAGCAGUCGAGUACAGACUGCAGGGCAGACGAUCGCCGGCAGACGACGCUAGUGGUGUGGCCCUUGCCAGCUGACUCCGAUCGAGAUUCGUGGGCAGAGCUUCUGGCGGAAUACAAAGACGUGCCGCAAAAAUACGACUUCAUCCACGUUGCGCCUUUUGCUGUACUAGCGAUUACACUUUUUUUCGUUAUGCCAUUCUAUUGGCUUUUUUCUUGAAGCGCGCCUGGGGGAGCUGUGGGCAGCUUCAAAGCAAAACUGAUCAAGCAGAAUGGCCGGCACGCACUGAAUUAAGUAGCAGACAAGGCGGCACUGAAUGUAGUAGCAUGCGCUACUUUUACAGCAUGGGGGUGCAUUUUGAACCGGUUGGGGGGGUGCGAUGUUCGUGCGCUGAUGAUGAUAGCUGACGGCUUAGACGGCCAAAGGAAAGCGCUACGGCGUGGGGGAUUAGUCGACGCCACCGUGGUGUGGGACGCAUGGCCGCGGCGCUCUUGUCUUACCUUUUCUCACGCGCAGGCACUCGCGAAGUGCUGGGGGCUCUAUUCUCGCUGCCCGCAAAUUUGCCGAAUAUCUAAUACGCGGGCGGGGUGAAUGCCUUGCGGCUUUGGGGUGGGAUUCUCGUGGACGCCGGUCGGUGCCGCUUCGCUACCAUACCUGAGGCGGGGGCGCCGCCGCUUGGCUGGAGACGUCUCGGAAACCUGAGAGCCAGGAAGAACCAACAACAGCAGCCAGGAAGGAGCCUGGGCGAAGGUGGCGCAGCCGUGAGAGACUCCGGCGAGGGUUCAGGCCUACCCUCCGGGGCUGCGGCGGCGGGGUCUUGUUGUGUAAUAGAUCUCCAGGGAUUCACUAGCAAAAGACGGCAAGGAAUAUGAUCGGGAGAAGAUAGCGGGGCAGCUGAUAAUAACAACCUGGGGCACAAAGCCCCAGAAAAGCUUGCCGGGCAUUGGUGGCGAGGCGGGUGGUACGUCAUGAGCGGGGCGCGCUGGGUCCUUACUUUCCUCUGCUUCCCUCCCCUUCCCCCGGGAUUAUGAAGAGAAUAGAUACCGGAAGCAAGAAAACUAAACGGUGAGAAGAAGAGGCAGAGCCACUAGCACCACAGCCCCACGGGUGCCCAUUGGCUGCCCCAUCCUCGAGGUGCCGGGCGGGUUUGUGUCGUGUGGAGUAGUGGCACCCCUUGGCCAUGCUUUUGCAUUGCUUUGCUUUGUGUUAUUUUGCUUCCCCCUCUCUGUCUCUGUCCAAGCAACUUGCCGGCAAGGUGGCUGUGGGUGCAGCACGUUCAUCGCAGGCCCGAGACAUCACUCAUCGCCCCAAAGGUCACAGGCUUACGCGCAGCCUGUCAGGGCGCGAGAGAGGUGUGGCAUCGGCCCGCGGAUGCAUGAACGAGAAAGGAGGGCCCGCGCUGAUUCUUUUCGGGUUCCAUUCGCUCUUGUAUGUCUUGUCUUCCUUCUUUGGUUUGUUGGCAUCUUGGUGCCAGUGCGUCGCUCUGGCUUAGUGCGGCUGAUGGCCGUGCGAUUGUUUGUUUCUUUUCUCUACCCACGAACAGUGCCCGGAAUGUCGGGCGCCAUAGCGUGGGGCCUGCGCAUAGUUGUGGCCACGCUGGAGCACUUCUGAGCAGCGUUACACGUAGCCGCUAGCAUUCUUUUGGCCGCGCAGGUGGGUGCGUGUGGGCGGUGUUUGGUCUUCCUUUCGAUUCCGUAACGCUAUCGCCGGGCAUAGCUUGGGUGCCUGGACUUGGUACCUGGGCACUUGGACCAAAUACGCUGGGAGAAUAAAGGAGGUGAACACGGCGCGCACGCAUCGGCGCGCUAGGCCUCUCAGGAAUGGACGAGGUGACUCCCUGCAAGUCGAUGGCUGACGCGAUCGCACCGGGGGCGAGCCUGCGCGGAUUUCUCCACCCGCGAGGGGUUCCCGCUUCCAGGGCCACUGCUGGGCGCCUUGGCUGGAAAGCUGCGCGGAGUCGACAGAGCAGAGCCGGGGAAGAGUCUGAUGCUGGGCAUCUGGGACCGUCUUCAGCGCACUGACAGACUGCGAAGGCCAAGCACAUGCAACGCGUGUUGGCCGUCUUGUAAUUAGCGACUUGCAUGCUGCGGGUGUGUAUCUAUAUUCUGAGGCUGGGCCUUUUCUGUUAUUGACAUCUGAGAGCGCCACUGCUAUGAGUUCAAGGAACGGCCGAACUCGAAGAUCAGGCGUUGUUUUAUGAUUUGCUGGCAAUUGCUAGACGAGAGCCAACGCGGCGGGCGUGGAUUGAUAAAAACGCGGGAGAGUGUAGCCCUGUAAUCGAGGGGCCCCACGCUGGGCCUCUCCUCCGACGCGAUGGCGUCCAUCCUCUGCAAGCGUAUCCAUGACCGGCCCCACAUCUUCACGCAAGUGGAGGCGCGCGACCACUCCGCUGGGGUAAUGCGUGAGAUCUGGCAAGACAAGGGAUUAACAGAAGAGGGCCCCCGUGUCUCAACAGAUGCGACAAGUAAACUGAUGCACUCGGCAGAGCAAGCGCGUUUUAUCUAUAGCGUACACAUGAUUUGACUGGAGCAGGAGCAGCUAUCUAAGUGAUCAAUGUGCUCGCGGUCAGUGUUAGGCUAGUCAACGUGAGUCUUUCCCGCUGCUUCGCAUAAGCUGCGCAGGAAACUCGCGCGUCCCCAUGGUCUCUACUAGCGCGGCGGCCUCCUUGAGGUGCGAGCACCUACCCCCUACUACACUGACCGCCUGGAGUCGUGCGGGUGGGACGCUAUGGGCUGUAGCGUCUCCUUCUUAAACCUCCGGAAUUUAAUACUACGCGUUUGUCCUCUUUUGCGCCUCUUGUGCGUCCUCGGCCUUGUGCGUUUGAUGCGCGUGUGAGAUGAGCGACGCUAGUGUUGGCGCUCACCUGUUCAACGUGCUCAACAAGAUCAAGAUCAUGGGGUUUCUGGAACAACUUACUUUCUAUACAUACAUCUUUCUUUUCUCUGCUUGUUUUUUGUCGUGUUUCUUCUUCUAGGUAGAAUGCUAGCACCUAGUUUUCACCUCUACAAACUUAGGCUUAUCCCAUGCAACAAUGCUAGCGCCAGAAUUUCACAUCAUAACGGGAAUUUUUUUUUUGAUCAAUUGAUUGAUCGGAAUAUUCAGCAUCUCGUCCAGGUAUGUUCUUCUGUUGUGUGUGAGUUAGUCUUAUUGCAGUUUUUUCUACGUUCCUUGGCUGUUACUUCAAGUAGAAAGAUCGUCCAUCGGAAUAGUGUGCUGAUUCUUAAAAUACAAAGGUACCCACGACAACUACGGCUCCUUGGACGAGGCGGUUAAUUCGCGUAAAGCCGUCCCAGAAUGAAGCUACCGAGCUCGGUGGAUUCGUCAAUUUUCAAAAAAGUGACGAUGCUGAGGAUUUCAUGGACGCUAUAUUACGGAAAACAGCGAUGAUUAAGGCUCAAUAGAAUUCAUUUCUACAAGGCCUUUCUCCCUAUUUCCUUCUUGGAGUCGGGAAAAAUGUAGGCAAAAAAUGAAUCGUUUUGAGCUCUAAGAUGAAUUGUACUUGGGCAAAGCCGCAAGGGAUCGCAGCCAACUUCUACUCGCUCAUGGCAUCAGCAGCCGCCACAGCAAAUCGAAAUGAGACCACUGGUAUAGAGCUGAUACUGGAGUGAUGAAAAUCAAUGUUUUUUCGUUUCGUAGUCGUUAUACCCCGCGAAUGGGUACAUCAAUAAAAAAUCAGUCGAUCUGUGAGUACUUCUGUAUGUCUCUCAAUCUUUUUACAGCAGCAUGAUGAAGAAAGUCGCGUUUCUUACAGAGGUGGCACGUAAUCAUUCAAUCGAUCGUGUGAAGGAUAGCUCUUGAGUCCGUGCAAUGAAAAACUAGAGCAAAAACAGAUACUACCAACUCUCGUGUGCCACUGUGGAUCUUCCAUGCGGAAAAUGCAUCUGCUACUGAGCGCAUCGAAAACUAUCUUGCGCAGAACGUCCUUCUGAAUUUGGUAGAGGGACGUGAUUACGAAAUUCAGCGGAAUAAAACUGAAGAAUAUGGAGCUUCUUCGCCUCCUGCAAGUACAACUACUAGUGUAGGACAAAAUGAGGUGUCGGAAAAAGAAACACCCAUUCUAGGAAAUCAAGGCGCUGAUCAUACACCAGAAUCGCGAGAAGAGGCACAUCAAGUAGGACCACAAGAAGAAAAGAGUGCAGGUAAAGGAAACGGGGAAGAAAAGCAGGCUGUGACAAUAGUUGACAUAGACGCACCGCCGCAGUCAAAAGCGGCUUUGGACGCGCAUGAAAAUUCACCAACAGAAGAAAAGACACCAGUCGAGGAAGCAAGAGCAGUAAUACCUGCUCCAGUGGUGGAUGAGGCCGCGCUAAUGAAUCAUGAUAAAGAGGGCACUCCGACUCCAGCAGUUGAAGACGGCGACGCCGUUCUACCUCUAGGACAGCUGCAGACUAGAGAAUCGCCAAGGCCACGAAAAGUUGAACGUCACAAGUCUGGUUUGUCUACAGUGGCGCCACUGUCUGAGCCUUCUUCUUCAGGAUCGUCACGGGAGUCUCCGGAUGAUGAGGACACGCAGAAUGAUGGGCUUUGUUUGCCGCGACCAGACAGAGGACAGCUCCUACUAGCUGGUAGUUCAUCUGCGACGUUGGCUAUGGGACCUUGUUCUAGUAAAGAAGCACCAAGUUGUUGUACUAGGCCUGCAAACUUUGAAGAUUUACCGACAGUGAGCGUAUCCUCUCCAAGACAACAAGUACAAGUAGGUCGAGCUCUAGGUUCAGGAGCUCCUUCAUACGUCUUUCCGACUUACAACACUUCUCAACAAGGCUCCUGUUCAUACGACCAAAUAUGUGGACAAGAAUUCAAUGGCCGCGCGUCCAAUGGAGCCUACAAUCCGCUCCCCCAGCAGCAACAAGUACUAGUACCGACGCAACAACAACUACUGCCAUCAGCAUGCAGUCAGGAAGUAGCUGUAACGUCCUCUGCAUUUGUCCUCCAAGAACAGCAGUUGUGUGCAUCAUCCCCAGUGGGCAGCCUAGAGGGCAACGUUCUUCCUCAAGUUCCUCAACAGGUGGGAGACGAAAAAGCUCAACAAGUAGAGAAGAAACAAGAGCAAAAGCCAAAGGACGACCAUCUCCAGUUGCCAACGACAUCAACUAAGGAUCAUGUAGCUCUUCUUCCAGAACUACAACAAUUAUGGUCAGCUUUUCCUUUUUUCCAUCAUUCUCGGUAUCUAGGUCCCCUUUUCCCUUGUAUUUUCGUGAAAUACAAGGUAAAAGGGGUCAAGAUGAGGGGGCCGAGGUGCAAUAUAGCAGACGCUAAAACAAGAUCAUCUUGCGGAAGCACCGACAGAGCGUACAGACAGUUGCGGGGAGCAGGGGAUGCUACGCACGGUGUCGGAGAUUGUGUUGCCCUCUUGGUGGGUGCUCUCGAGGGAACAACAUCCCACGAGUUGUCAAGAUGACAUCCAAAAGGACGAGAGGCGUAGGGCGAGAUCGACGACGUCAUAACUACGUCGGCUAGGGACACGGUCAUGAUUGCCAUUCAAUUGAGUACACAUAUUUAUAUAUAUGUACUAGCGUGUAGCCCUUCAAAGAAUAAAUAUGUACUUUUUAUCUAAAAGGUGGCCUAGCUAUCUUUCUUGCUGGAAUUUCUUUGUGAAGAUUUCUUUCUUGUAGAAUUUUCCUGUACCACUAUUGAUGGUCCUCUUCUCUUUCUUAUAAAAAAUGUUCUUUUCUUGAAUUUUUCCGACUUUUGUUAUUAAAGUCAAGCUAAAACGGUCGCAUUUAUGAGUUUAAUUGAUUCCUACAAUUUCCUCAUAUCCCGUUUAGUACCAGUUGCGUUCAUCCCUCCUUGGUUUCCCCUAUGAUUUUUUCUUUCUUAGCACUUUCAGUCGAAGUAGUAUAUCAUGAUUUUCUUUUGUGCUCGUCGAUGCAUUGCAAGGUUGAUGCAAGGUUAAUUGAGGUGAUAAGUCUCGUUCUUAUGAAAUACAGCCCCCCUCAGAGAAAAAUAGCUUUCAGUCAGGCAAGGUGGGAAGAUUUUUCUUAAUGAAUUAGAAUUAUCUCGAAGCCGUUUUGAUAGCUGCAAAACAGUCGUUAGUCACAAAUUUCAAGACGAUUGUGAUAGGAUUUAACGAAGAGAAGAACACGACGUAAUUAUAGAUCCUCUUACUAGGUUCACCUUUUUUACGUACAGAUUUCAAGACAAGACAAAACUGGUUCCUGUCCCCCGACCAGGCUUUGCGCUUCCUCUUACCAUCCUUCGGGAUCACAUCAGGAACUGUUUUGUCUUGCCGAAGGUUGAGAAUAACCUUUUGCGACAUAUUGAUGAUGACAAUGACAACAAACUCGAGAUGAUGGCAAGAAAAGCUAUUACUAGACCUCUAGGAAGAACGAAUGGGAUCAGGAUGUAGUUGUAGAAAAUUGGCAAAAAUGAAAAAUACUGUUCUUAUACAUAGGAGAAUGAGUCAUAAUAUUUAUAGAACUAGUAGCACACAAAGCAGCACAAGUCAAAGGUUUCUUUGUAGCAAGCUUUUUUUCUACUACAGGUUCUCAAACUGAAGUCAAGUAGUGUUUUUGCCACAGAAAGACGGCUAGUACUAGUAACCUAAAGAGGAAGAUGAAAGAUGGGUAGGUUGAAAAUGAUUGAUUAGUUGACGCUGCCGCAUCUGUUCUGCGUUCUUACGUAGCGCAUAUUAUAUCGGUCAUGCAGCCUAGCGGGGAUUACAGGGGGUGAUAGAUCCGAAGAAUGUAGUUGAGGAUUGAUUAAGACGUUGCAGUCCUUCUACGGCUGCGUUAAUCCGCUCGAGUAUGCAGGUAAAACUGUGGACGGCGGACUGAAUCCUAGCCCUAAUCCUAACCGUUAUGUGUGGUAGUGUUUUUGCAACAAAAAGACGGCUACUAGUAACCGUCUUUUCAUGUCAAGUACCACAUGCAUUCAAUUAUAUCUAGCUAUUGCUAUUGCUAGAAGUAAAUCUUAAGAUUAUCAUGAGGCUUCCACCUCUGGUCUUUCUUUUUGCUAGUUAGGUCGACUCCACCACAAUUAUGAUGAGGUUCGCAGAUGAACACCUUCAACUCAUGCUUUCAGAGGAGCACUAAGCUCAAAAGGAAAUUAUAUGUUCUUGCGACAGACUCAGACGAAGAGUGUGUGAGCACACAGCAUAUUAGACUCCACUGGUCAAACAACAUCAAAAUUAUUUCUUCUCGGACGAUGGUGUUUUCAGUUUUGAUUUUUGUGCAGGGAAAUAGUGUUUAGAAGUUUGCAUCGUGAUGAGAAGAUACUGUCCCUAUCCUCUACGCAAUAGAGCCCUUGUCUCGUCUCCUUGGUAGUGGAGACGGACUAUCAACAGAGGCGCAAGGGUGGCGAUUGCAGAGUAGGUUUCCUUGCUGCUCAAAGUUGAAAUUUGACAUACUUAUAGAUUUGAAGGUGAACUGAAUCAUGGAGGUCUCCGUAGUACUAUAGGAGAAAAACCAGGAGCAGUCCUUAACUUGAUUGUAAACCUUGAUUUUCUGCUGGAACCAUCUUCACCGUCUGAGUAUAACUAUAAAUAUAUAAUGUAGAAACAAGUAAUUCGAUUGUUCUGAGUUCUUAUCUUCUUCUUAACUAGUAGGUACUGGAGGUACCGUGAAUGUGAAAGAAUGUCUUUAAGAUCUCAUUCUCGUCAAAGCUAUGGCGAAGAAAUAGCAUCCAGUUGCUUGUGACACACGAUUUUUAUAAAAACCGAUUUUUCUUAACCACAUGAGAAGUGAGUCCAUGAGCUUCCAUCUGAACAUGAAG